AGCAACUUCGACCCCACGGGCCUGGAGCGGGCGGCCAAGGCGGCGCGGGAGCUGGACGCGUCCCGCCACGCAAAAGAUGCUCUUAGUCUUGCCCAGAUGCAAGAGCAGACCUUACAGCUGGAACAGCAAACAAAACUUAAGGAGUAUGAAGCUGCCAUAGAACAACUGAAGAAUGAGCAGAUACGGGUGCAAGCAGAAGAGAGAAGAAAAACACUCAGUGAAGAAACAAAGCAGCAUCAAGCACGAGCCCAGUACCAGGACAAAUUGGCAAGGCAGCGCUAUGAUGAACAGAUGCGACAGCAGCAACUUGCUAAUGAAGAGAAUCUGAGGAAGCAGGAAGAAUCUGUACAGAAGCAGGAAGCCAUGAGGCGUGCUACUGUAGAGCGAGAGAUGGAGCUGCGGCAUAAGAAUGAGAUGCUGCGUGUCGAGGCAGAGGCAAGAGCCCGUGCCAAGGCUGAGCGGGAGAAUGCAGACAUCAUUCGGGAGCAGAUUCGCUUAAAAGCUGCUGAACAUCGCCAAACAGUAUUAGAGUCCCUCAAGACAGCUGGGAUGCUCUUUGGGGAAGGAUUCCGUGCUUUUGUAACGGACUGGGAUAAAGUUACGGCCACGGUGGCAGGCCUAACCCUGCUGGCAGUGGGUGUUUACUCUGCCAAGAAUGCCACGGCAGUAGCAGGGCGAUACAUAGAAGCACGUUUGGGCAAACCUUCCCUGGUGAGAGAAACCUCACGCAUUACUGUGCUGGAGGCACUGAAGCAUCCUAUCAAGGUUGGUAAGCGUCUUACUAGCAAGGCUCAAGAUGCCCUUGAAGGAGUUGUUCUCAGUCCACAGUUAGAAGCGCGUGUGAGAGACAUUGCCAUAGCAACAAGAAAUACAAAAAAGAACAAAAGCCUAUACAGGAAUAUUCUUAUGUACGGUCCCCCUGGCACUGGAAAGACGCUCUUUGCCAAGAAAUUAGCUGUGCACUCGGGCAUGGACUAUGCCAUCAUGACAGGUGGCGAUGUUGCCCCCAUGGGGCGGGAAGGAGUUACUGCCAUGCAUAAACUCUUCGACUGGGCAAACACCAGUAGGAGAGGCCUCUUGCUAUUUGUGGAUGAAGCAGAUGCAUUUCUGCGGAAGAGGGCAACAGAGAAAAUCAGUGAAGAUCUCAGAGCAACUUUAAAUGCAUUCCUGCACAGAACGGGGCAGCACAGCAACAAGUUUAUGCUUGUUUUAGCAAGCAACCAGCCUGAGCAAUUUGAUUGGGCUAUCAAUGACCGGAUAGAUGAAAUGGUGAACUUUGAUCUGCCCCAGCUAGAAGAACGGGAGCGGCUUGUGAGAAUGUAUUUUGAUAGGCAUGUCUUGAAGCCAGCCACAGAGGGUAAACAACGUUUGAAGCUGGCCCAGUUUGACUAUGGGAAAAAGUGCUCGGAGAUUGCCAGGUUGACAGAGGGCAUGUCUGGCCGAGAGAUCUCUCAGCUUGCUGUGGCAUGGCAGGCUGCAGCUUACGCAUCAGAGGACGGUGUUCUUACAGAGGCCAUGAUCGAUGGCCGCGUAGCUGAUGCUGUGCAGCAACACAAACAGAAGAUGGAGUGGCUGAAAACGGAGGGUGCUGAAGCAAGCAAAGGGACUGGCAGAAACCCACUCCUGCCUUUCCCCAAAGGAACACCAGUGUGAGAAGUCUGCAGGCUUCAGACCAGCAUGUGUGGGGGAAGUGGGCAUGGGAGAAAAAGCUGGCAGGGUCUUUUGGGCAAAUGUUUGGUGGAAUCAUGUGUUGAGAGAAAUGUGUCCAUUGGUGCAAGGGAGGGGGUAAUGCCUCAGUCUGCCUUUUUGAUUUCAUGUUUUUAAAGUGCGUCAGAAAACAAUGGUUUAAAUAAGGCAGAUGCCACUGUA